GAACCUGGGGAAGAACGGCUUGUCGACCAGCAGCGUCCUUCUGGACCGGUGUCCCCCGCCAAGACUGCCCAGUCCACCCUCACCUCCACUGCCAAAGGAUAAACUCAACCCCCCAACGCCCAGUAUUUAUCUUGAAAACAAGAGGGAUGCUUUCUUCCCUCCUCUUCACCAGUUCUGCACAAACCCUGCCAACCCAGUGACUGUCAUCAGAGGACUGGCUGGAGCGCUGAAACUGGACUUAGGCCUGUUCUCCACAAAGACACUGGUGGAGGCCAACCCUGACCAUCUGGUGGAGGUGCGAACCCAGCUGUCUCAACCCACCGAUGAAAACUGGGACCCCAGUGGCAACAGGAAGAUGUGGCGCUGCGAGAGCAGCCGCUCCCACACCACCAUCGUCAAAUAUGCUCAGUACCAGGCGUCAUCCUUCCAGGAGUCACUGCGGGAGGAGAAUGAGAAAAAGAAAGAAGGGGAGUUGGAGGCAGGCUCUCCAGACAGCGCGAUGCGGAGAAAGAAAGGUUUGUUCAAACACAUCAAGUUUGGCACCAACAUCGACCUAUCAGAUGAGAAAAAAUGGAAGCAGCAGCUGCAGGAGCUGACUAAACUACCAGCUUUCUCCAGGGUGGUGUCAGCUGGGAAUCUGCUCAGCCAUGUGGGCCACACCAUCCUGGGCAUGAACACCGUCCAGCUGUACAUGAAGGUACCAGGGAGCAGGACCCCAGGUCACCAAGAAAACAAUAAUUUCUGCUCUGUCAACAUCAACAUCGGUCCUGGUGAUUGUGAGUGGUUUGCUGUGCCCGAACCAUACUGGGGCGUCAUCAACAACUUUUGUGAAAAGAACAACAUUAACUUCCUGAUGGGUUCUUGGUGGCCUAACCUUGAGGACCUGUAUGAGACAAACGUGCCUGUUUACCGCUUCAUCCAGCGGCCCGGGGACUUUGUGUGGCUCAACACUGGCACCAUUCACUGGGUUCAGGCUAUUGGCUGGUGCAACAACGUUGCUUGGAACGUUGGACCGCUCACAGCUCAUCAGUACAAACUGGCAGUAGAGCGCUAUGAGUGGAACAAACUGCAGAGUGUCAAAUCCAUUGUUCCCAUGAUCCACCUCUCCUGGAACAUGGCGAGGAACAUCAAAGUAUCGGACCACAAGCUUUUCGGGAUGAUCAAGUAUUGUUUGUUGCGGACUCUAAAGCAGGUUCAGAUGCAGAGGGAAAUGCUGCUGGCUGCUGGCAAACAACUGGUUUGGCACGGCAAGACCCAGAACGAGCCUGCUCAUUACUGCAGCAUCUGUGAAGUGGAAGUGUUUGAUCUGCUGUUUGUGACAAGUGAGAGUAACAGCAGGAAGACGUAUGUGGUGCACUGUCAGGACUGUGCACGAAGGGCGAGCACAAACCUGGACAACUUUGUUGUGUUGGAGCAGUACAAGAUUCAGGACCUCAUGCAGAUUUAUGACCAGUUUACACUGGCAAGUCCCCUGCCUUCCGUCUCCUGAUGAAGACAUUUUCUUACGAGGACAAUACAAAACCACAUCGGGCUUAAUGGAAACUCUCCAGAAACAGUUUUCUUUUCUGAUAUUCAGGAAGUAAGGUGGCAGUCCUUCAACUGCGCCCUGUAGCUAUCCCAUGAGGCAGCUGUGUGAAGCUGUGAGUCUAUGCAACCUGCCUGAGCGGUGUGCCUUCCCCCAGUGGACUGGAGGGGGACGGCAGCUCCAUCACGACCAGACUGUUCUACUGCUGGCCCAGCUCGACUUCAUUUGAACACACAAAUACACAACAAAAUCAAGUUUUGUACAUAUUAUGUUUAAACUGGCACCAUUACGCAAAGACUACUGAUUUUUCUUUUUCACCUUUUUAAUUUGUUUGUGGGAGACCAGCGUUUUUAUUCACCGUGAUGAGAUCAUUAGCACAGCAGGUCUUUGUAUGUCCACACACCUCACUGGUUAGGAAAACAAGAUUAAAAGCAUAAAACACUUGCGUAGUGUGAAAUAGAAGUGACACAUUUUACAGCUUUGUUUCCAUUUUGGGUUUUAAUCACUUUUUAAAAAAGAUUAAUUUUGAUCUGCUGGAAGUACACGUCUUUACUUUAUUUUGAGAGAAAUCAAAGGAUUUGUUGACAAACAGCCGAGUCAUAGAAAAAGGGUUGCACAUGGACAAAAGUCAACUUUAAUUUGUUUCUUUUAUUAUUUUUUUUGUAAAUUUACACUAUUUAUAAAUGCAUAUUUAUUGCUUGAAAAUAUUUGUCGAUGGAAUGCUGUAAUUUUUCUCCAGAGUACCUGCCAUUAAAUCUGAAGAAGCCGCGUUUUGAGCACGGCUCCUUGUAUGUUUUCUAUAAAAAUAAACUCGCUUAUUAAGUGUU